AUGGCCACUCGUGGUACACGCAUAGCCUUCGAGCGAUCGCGCAACGAACAAGAGCAAGCCUACGCACACGCGACGAGCCUCACAUCAUACGCGCGAGCCGGUGACUGGAUGGAGUGCCCGUGUCGCACUGUCGCGAAACAAUACGAUAUCAUACUGCCACACUUCGCGCCUAGACUGUGGGAGGGCGACCAGACCGACUGUUCAGACUUCGAGAAGGACUUCCGAGCAAGCCUUUGCUGUACGCGAUAUGAGCUGUACCCGGAUUUACAGGCUCGGUCGGCAAUCCUUGCAUCGGCUGCAGUCACAAGGAUCGGGCGUGCACCAACCACCACCAGCACCCCCGCAGGCACCGGACCCGGCAAGACACUCCAAAGCGGCUACUACUGGAUCCGCGGCGUCGCAGCCCCCAACUUCCACAAAUACUUCCAAACGAACCCUGUCUACUCGACUGGCCCCGCCCUCCUCGGCGACUACACAACAGCAGGCCAGUUCCAGGUCGUCAGCGGCCAGCUGGUUCAACUCGUCUCCGCACCUGGCGAACCCGUCAAGCUUCUCUACGCCGUGGUGUCUGAGGAGCGCUCGAUUAACGGCAUGUCGCUCGCUGUGAGCUUCUCGGAGAGCAAGAACACGUACGGUACGUUUGCGUGGGGUGGCGAUGAUCUUCAGUGGAGUGUGGCGGGUGUUAAUCGGCCGAAUAAGAGUGCGUGGUAUGUGUGCACGGGGCAGAAGUUGUAUAUCAAUUUGGGGAAUUAUUUGUAUCAGACGCCGAGUGGGUGCGCUGAUCAGACUGUGCAUUAUUAUAACGAUAAGACGGCGAACAACUAG